AUGAGAUUCCCCAAGCUGCCCAACCCAGGUCUGGAUGACCGGAUCCCGUCUCAUAAGGAGCUGGAGAGAAUGGAGAAGGAGGAGGCUGGGGACAGGCCCAAAUGGGACAACAAGACCCAAUACAUGCUGACCUGUGUGGGCUUCUGUGUGGGGCUGGGGAACGUGUGGAGGUUCCCUUACCUGUGUCAGAGCCAUGGAGGAGGAGCGUUUAUGAUCCCUUUCCUGAUCCUGCUGGUUCUGGAGGGGAUUCCACUGCUGCACCUGGAGUUUGCUAUCGGACAGCGCCUCAGGAGCGGCAGUGUGGGAGUGUGGGGCUCUGUCAACCCUUACCUCACUGGCAUUGGUAUUGCCUCCAUGUUGGUAUCCUUCCUGGUUGGGAUGUACUACAACACUAUCAUGGCCUGGAUCAUGUGGUACCUCUUCAACUCCUUCCAGGACCCCUUGCCUUGGAGUCAGUGUCCCCUCAAUGCAAACAAGACAGGUCUGGUGUCAGAGUGCGCACGGAGCUCCUCCGUGGAUUACUUCUGGUACAGAGAGACACUGAACACCUCGACGGCCAUAGAUUUAUCCGGAGGCCUUCAGUGGUGGAUGGUGCUAGCCCUGGUGUCUGCCUGGACUUUACUCUAUGUCUGCUGUAUCAGGGGGAUUGAGACUACUGGCAAGGCUGUGUACAUAACAUCCACUCUGCCCUACUUGGUGCUCACCAUCUUCCUGAUCAGAGGACUGACUCUGAAAGGUUCUCUGGAUGGAGUCAAGUUCCUCUUCACACCAGACGUGAAUGAGCUGAUGAACCCAUCUACCUGGCUGGAUGCAGGUGCACAGGUGUUCUACUCUUUCUCCUUGGCCUUCGGCGGUCUCAUCUCCUUCUCCAGCUACAACUCUGUACACAACAACUGUGAACAGGAUGCUGUCAUCAUCUCCAUCAUCAACGGAGCCACCUCCGUCUACUCUGCUACCGUCAUCUACUCCAUCAUAGGCUUCAGGGCCACGGAGAAGUUUGACGACUGCUCGGAUAGUAACAUCAUGGCCCUUAUGAAUGCAUUUGAUCUCCCUGAGCACCUCUUCACUGUGAACAACUAUGAGGAAGUUCUCCAAGGUCUCAACAGCACAUCGCCAGACAUCAUCCAGGGAUUAAACCUGAAGACCUGUGAUCUACAGCAGUUUCUCAGUCAGGGUGUGGAGGGAACUGGUCUGGCCUUCAUCGUGUUCACAGAAGCCAUCACCAAGAUGCCUGUCUCUCCUCUCUGGUCCAUCCUGUUCUUCAUCAUGCUCUUCUGUCUGGGACUGUCCACCAUGUUUGGGAACAUAGAGGGGGUCGUGGUGCCCCUUCAGGAUCUGAACAUCUUCCCUAAAAGGUGUCCCAAAGAAGUCUUGACAGGUGUCACUUGUAUUGUUUGUUUCACCGUCGCUCUCAUAUUCACCCAGCGGUCUGGUAACUACUGGCUGGCUCUGUUCGACAGCUUUGCCGGCUCCAUCCCUCUCCUAGUCAUCGCCUUCUGUGAAAUGGUGUCUGUUGUUUACAUCUACGGGAUAGACAGGUUUAACGCAGACAUCGAGUUCAUGAUUGGACACAAGCCCAACCUGUUCUGGCAGGUGACCUGGAGGUUCGUCAGUCCAAUCAUCAUGCUGGUCAUCUUCAUCUUCUACUUCGUCACCCAGGUCAGCGGGGAGCUAACCUACCUCGUAUGGGACGAAGACGCGGAGGAGUUCCCUACUCUGGCAGACCGUCAGUAUCCCGACUGGAUCUACUUCAUCAUAUUUAUUUUGGCUGGCAUUCCCAGUCUGGCUGUCCCCGGAGUCGCCAUAUUCAAAUUCAUCUACAACCGCUGCUGCCAGAAAGACAACAGCUUCAGAGAAGACACCGUCAACUCUGUCUCCGCUAAAAUACAGAUGACAGAAAAAACGAUGGACUAA